CGAAGGGGCUAGGGGUUUUCGGUUUUUCCCAUUUUCCCUCUUUUUCUUUUCUUUCUCUCAUCUCACUCCCAUCUGACCUCCGACGACUUACGGCGACCGGCGGUUUUACAGCGGCGACCUUAUUUUCUCUCUCAUUCUCUGUUUCCCACUUGAGCGGUUGAGCCCAUUUGACCUCCGACCUCCGACGAUCUAUGGCGACCGGAGACCGGCGAUUUUGCAGCGACGACCGACGAGUUCUUUAGUUGCAGCGAUUUUAGCUCUGUUUUUUGGCUUUUUUUCACUUCCGCGGCGAGUCUUUAGUUGCAGCGGCGGUUUUAAUCACCGGCGACCAGACCCAACAGAAUAUUUGACUGGCGGUUUCAUUCUCCUCUCUCUGUGACACCACCAUUACCAGCGGCGGUGAAGGAGAACUGUUAGCUACUUGAGACAAAGCUGAUGCUGCUUCAAUGGCAUCUUCUUCAAUUAAACCAGGCAUAUUAGUUUCUUUACAGGACCUAUACCCUUCCUCUCCAUUCUUUAAGCAAGGGGCUUCCCUUCGAGUCACUGGGAAGCUACAAGAAUACUCGGUAGAGGCUGCAAUUGCUGUAAUUGUUGAUGGAAGUUGCAGGCUGAAGAUUGACACUCGACAUUUGAGAGACCUCAAUCUUCGAAUAGGCUCUAUCUAUCAAUUCAUUGGUGAACUCCUCAUUCAAUCCAAUAAUGAGGCAAUUCUAGAGGCACGGGUGGGUAGGAAUGUAGAUGGUAUGGAUCUCAACCUCUACUACCAGUCUCUGCAGCUUUUGAGGCAGUUUCAAUCCAACCACACGAGUGAUCAAGCUACAUAGUCCAAAAUUUGUUGCUCGGAAAAUUCAGCUUGAGGAAUUUGUGUUUUUGGUGCUAAGGUAAACUAGUUAGACCUUUGGUGCCUAGUGUUGUAAUUUUUUACUCUCAGCUAAUUACGAUUUACGAAAAACCCCAAAUUCAUGACUGUUGUUCUCAAAACUCCAAUUACUUGAAUACAAGUAAAUAUUUUAUAGAUGUUUGUUUUAGAAAAUAACAUUUUGAAAAUUGAGAAGAAAAGGAGAAACUCUAUCCACAGACUUGGGAAAGAGUUUUGAACUA